AACAAGUAACAAUAAUAAUGGAAUGCAUCAAGCGUGUGCAGCAUGCAAGCAUCAAAGAAAAAAAUGCAGUGAAAAUUGUAUAUUGGCACCUUAUUUUCCAUCGAACAGAAAUUGUGACUUCAAAGCGGUGCACAAGGUUUUCGGUGUUAGCAACAUAACGAAAUUGGUAAAGAAUGUUCAAGAAUCAGAUAGAAGAAGAGUGGUUGAUUCAUUGAUAUGGGAAGCAUCAUGUAGACAAAGAGAUCCAAUACAUGGUCCUUAUGGUGAGUAUACAAAAGUUUACAAUGAGUAUAGAAAAGUUUAUGAUGAACUUAAUAUAUUAAGAGAACAUCAAAAUCAAUUAUUGCAAAUGCCACCUCAAGGAUUAAGAUCGGUACAAGAUUUGAUUGCAUGUAACGGAACUCAAAGCAAAUCAGCUGCUCAUAAUGCAAUUAAUUAUCUUCAUUCUGAUCAUAACAUGAAUGCUUCUACCAUUUACAAUGCAUACCGUGCAAAUUAUUUACAAAAUAUUGAGAAUGUGAGGACCGAAGUUGUUAUCCCAUUUCAGCAUCAACACUCACAACCACAAGCAUAUUAUAUUACAGGUGAUGGAUUCAAUCAGUGAAAAUGGGAGCAUGGAAGAAGGUACAUGGAUUGACAAUCUUGAGAGCCAAGGAUCAUAUUUGGAUUUGGAAUUUCAAAACUGAUAUAUGGAGUUCUUGUUUUUGAGAUAUCGAUUUUAAACAAUAAAGUGAAAGAUUGAUUAUCAUCCUUAAUGGUAGAAAGAGAAUGUGGAUAGCGUUUUUAAA